UCCGCCAUCCCGUUCAAGUUGUUGUCGCGUCGACUAGCUCGAAAUAAAAACACCCAAAAAUGGAGAACGACGUCGGAGAAUUCGUUGAUCUGUACUGCCCUAGGAAGUGCUCCUCGAGCAACCGCAUCAUCCACGCCAAGGAUCAUGCCUCCAUCCAGAUCAACAUCGUCGACGUGAACCCCCAGACUGGCCGCAUGCUGGAAACCUCCAAGGUGUACGCCAUCUGCGGUGAAAUUCGCCGUAUGGGUGAAUCCGACGAUUGCAUCGUCCGACUGGCCAAGAAGGAUGGUCUGCUUACCAAGAACUACUAAAAUUCU